AUGGAUGAAUGCGUUGAAGUUCUGAUGGAGCGCAUGCCGACGAAGCCGACGGGUCUCGGUGAGUUGCAGCUGAAAAUCGUCAAGCUCUUCAUGAGCACCGCGCACGAGAUUUUCGAGCGUCGCAACGCCGUGAUAUCGGCGUCGAUGAUCGACGCGCUCGACGCGAAAUUGACGGCGUUGCUCGUCGAGUGCCGAUUGCCCGACGAUCACGUCGUCGACGUCGAGUUUUGCGAUCGUGUCGCCGUCAAGCUCAUCGCGCUCGAGACUCGCAUCGUGAAUGAGACGCGCGAGCGGAAGUGCGAGUUGCGCGUCGACGCCGUUCUCGAGAUUCUCAACGCCGACGUCGGAUUCGUCACCCGCUAUAUUUCGGAUGGCCAGAAGCAGGGACCAAGCCACUCGAAAAACCCCCACUAUUAA